CACCAUUAACCUACAUCAGAUACGAGAUCACCAUCCCAAGACAGGCUUAGCCCUAUAAACCAUCAUCAACUCAACCUAUCUAACACUUCAAUCCAGCAGAAAGCAUACGUAACGCAGCAUCCACCCAUUCCGCGCUGUAAGCCGCCACAGAGAUAUCCCUCAUCGCCUGACUGAUACCACUGCAGCAAACCCUCACCAGACUGAAUAUAUAAACCCCAUACACAGGAACCUACUGAACACCAUCAACUACACAACCAAACCGUCACCUCAAUCCUCAAUCCCCGAAGCACAACCACAACCACAACCACCAAAAUGAAGUCCUUCCUCACCAAGACCACCCUCCUAACCCUCCCGACCCUCGCCCUCUCCAACCCCUUGAUCUCCUACGCCGGCUACUACUACACCAACUGCACGUCUCCCAGCGUAACGGCCGCCAACGUCGCCGCCUCCUACUGCGUGAACGUCGAAGACAUCCCCAUCAAAUCCUUCACCGCGUACGUGUUCUCCGGCGCAUGCGCGGAUGCGUCCACCACUCCUGUGCUGCACACAUACACGGAGUCCGGAUGCGCCGCGGACUCCUUGUUUGAGACUGUCGACGUGGAUGAGGAGAAACAGUGCUUUGAGGCCGACGUUACGUUGGUUAGUUUGGGGGUGGAGUGUGUUUGAAUCAACUUGUUGGUAACUUAUUGAGAUUGGAUGCGAGGUGGAAACAUAGAGGUAUCGAGAUAAACUCAAAUAUCGAUAUCGCUCAUCUAUCUAUACUAUACUCCGCACCGCACAUAGUACUAUGACAGUACUAGUAGGAUGG